AUGAUGAUGUUCAGGUCGUUCCUUCUUCAAGCGCUCUUCGGUGGUGAUGGUGGGAGAAGCACUAAAGACAGCGGUGGUGGUGGUGGUGGUGGUGGUGGCAUCAACACCACGGGGAAUACUUCGACGGCUUUUCCCAAAGGUGUCGGUGCGGAUGAGAUGAAUUCUUCUUUUCCAUCGUUUUCAUCACCUUCAACGCCGUCGUCGUAUUCAAAGAGGAAGAAAGUUGUCCUGUUGGUCUUCUUUUGUAUCCUAUUCGGUGGAAUUUUCUUUCUGUUUGGCGCGUUCGAGAUUGUUCGCGGGAUGACGACGAUGUCUUCUUCUGCGAGUUUGGGUGAAUCGAGCGCACAACAACAGAUGGUGUACAAAAGGAGUGAUGAGAAAAAUAGGGGUUGGAAAGGAGAAGACGAAGAAGGAGAGGACGACGAAGACGACGACGCCAUCGAGACGAACGCGCGAGAUAGAAGAAGAGAAUACGAUGCAGAAAGUAGAACGACGACGACGAGAAUGAGCGAAAGCGAAGAGAUGAUGUUCCAAACGCGACUGGCCUCAGCCUCGGAAAAAUGUCUCCGAGCGCCGUAUCCGCAAGUUUUAGGCGACAACGGCGAGACUUUGAAACGCGCGCAAACGAACAUGAAAGAGUUCGAGAUGAGACACGGGAACGUGAAAGAUAUGGUUUCGGAGAAUAAGAAGCGAUGGAGAGCGGAAGGGUCGCCCGGGAAAGAGAUUGCGAAGACUGGGAGGAGGAGAAGCCGAAAUUUGUUGGCGUACGCGAAGUCGCAUCCGUUGGAGCAAAAAUGUCGAGGAGAGCGCCGGUAUCGGGCGUCGAAAUACGGUCGAUCGACGGCGCAUAAACAUUUGAAGGAUUGCAUGAACCGAUUAGAAGAUUGUGCGAACGCGGAGGAUGCGAGAAAAACGGCGAAAUUAAUGCCAGGGGUGAAACUGUUGACGCAAAACGUAAAGAACAAAAUCGCGUGUUUAACCGUCUCGAAAAAGUGCAACCCGAGAGCGAUGAAGCUGGGAGAUAACAAAGAGACCGGGAUGCACAUAACCGGGAAAAUUGAAACCAUGAACGAAGACGUGAGAAGAGAUUACAAAACGUGCGCUUUGGUCGGGAAUGGACCGGGUUUACGUGCGGACGGCGUCGCUGACGCCAUCGAUCGACACGAAGCCGUCUUUCGUUUCAACGCGUACAACUUAGGACAGAGGGAAGGUAAAAUGCAAGACAAUAACACGCAUUUCGCCGGGACAAAACAAACGUUUCGCAUGUUUAACAAAAAACGAUCGAUAAUCCCGGAAAUUUGGGGGUUAAAACCAGCGCCAGAGGGUGAAACGUGGUUAUUUUGGCACUACGGUAGCGCCAUGUAUUACAAAGCCGCCAACGCCGCCAAUCCGCAAAACGUCUAUUUUUUAUCCGUCCCGGCGAUCAAUCACGAGAUUGAUUCGUACUUUGCCAUACGUAAAGACGUCGUCGAAUUAGGUUUAGGGAAGAAUUACGCGUGUCCGACGAACUUACCGACUGGAUUACACGCAAUUAUGUUAGCGACGAUGAUGUGCGACGUCGUCAACUUGUUUGGGUUUUCCUACGACAUGAAAAUGUUAGAGUCGAGGAAAGACACGACGUCCCCGAGGGUGAGCGCAUCGCACGCCUGGGGAGUAGACACGGCCAUGCUGCGUUUGUUGCACUUGUCCGAUACCAUUAAUCUGUGCACCGUGUGA